UCUGUUUUAGAGGCGGCCGUAAACUGACUCGGUCGAGGGGUCAGCGCGGUUCGGGACCACGCGAGAUAUCGGCGCCGAUCAGUCGAGAAGCGGGCAGCUCACGGCGAGUGGGGUGGUUACGGACGGGUGAAGUGGGAAGCAACUUGCACUAGAAGAAAGGAUGCCGGCGCCGCCGCCUCCUCUGCUGCGGCUCUACUCCCCGGUCCCUCCGGCGGGCCCUGUCCUGGCCGUAGCACCGCCCGACUGUUCUCUACGCUCUGAGCGCUGUGUUUACGUGGAGAGUCGCCGUGUACUGAGCGCUCGACAGCAUGGAAGACUGUGCUGGCUACUGCGUCAGACGGCCACCGGCGCCGCCCAGCCGACCGAGGUCACUGACCUCCAUCCACCGGCUGGACGGCAUUCGUUCGUGUUCGAAAUCGGCCCCAGGCUGAACUUCUGCACGCCCCUGUCCACCAAUGCCGUGGCCAUCUGCCAUGCGUUGGGGCUUAGUGACGUCACACGCGUGGAGGUGGCGCGACGGUAUCAGCUGAUCAGCGACAAACCGCUCAGUGACGUCAUCAAACAUAAGAUAAUAUCCAGCUGCCAUGACCGUCUCACCGAGUGCUGCUACCCGGCGCCUCUCAGCUCGUUUGGCCAGCCGCGGCCCGCUGAGCCCUGGGGCGUCGUCGACGUUCUCGAACACGGCCGCGGGGCGCUGCGAGACGUCAACAAAAAGCUGGGCCUGGCCUUUGACGACUGGGACCUGGACUUCUACAGCCAACUGUUCACAGAGAAACUGCGCCGAAAUCCGACCACGGUGGAGUGCUUUGACCUGGCUCAGUCCAACAGCGAACACUCCAGACACUGGUUUUUCAAGGGCUCCCUGGUGAUUGACGGCACCAUCAUGGACAAGUCGCUACUGGACAUGGUGAUCGAGACGCAGAAACGCAGCGCAGACAACAACGUCAUCAAGUUCUCCGACAACAGCAGCGCCAUUCGAGGCAGCCGAGUGACGGCACUGCGAGCGGUGGCUCCCGAAAAGGCGGCUCCCCUCACCGCUUCAGAGAGCUCUCGUCACAUUGUCUUCACCGCAGAGACGCACAACUUUCCGACAGGGGUGUCACCCUUCAGCGGCUCGACCACCGGUACCGGAGGACGCAUCAGGGAUGUGCAGGCGGUCGGCCGCGGCGGUCACGUGAUCGCUGGCACAGCCGGCUACUGCGUCGGCCAGCUGUUACUGCCCGACUACCAGCUGGUGUGGGAGGACCCGAAGCUGGUCUACCCGGCGCAGUUCGCCUCGCCGCGCCGGAUCCUAAUCGAAGCCAGUGACGGCGCCUCCGACUACGGCAACAAGUUCGGCGAGCCCGUGGUCAGCGGGUUCACUCGCUCGUUCGGUCUCUCGACUCCGGCCGGCAGGAGGGAGUGGGUGAAGCCCAUCAUGUUCAGCGGAGGAAUCGGCUCCAUGGAGGCCGACAUGGUGGAAAAGAUGCCGCCGGAGAAAGACAUGUUGGUGGUGAAGCUGGGAGGUCCCGUGUACCGCAUCGGAGUCGGAGGAGGCGCCGCCAGCUCCGUCCAGGUGCAGGGCGAUAACGCCGACGAGCUGGAUUUUGGCGCCGUGCAGCGCGGUGACGCGGAGAUGGAGCAGAAACUGAACCGGGUGAUCCGCGCCUGUAUCGAGGCGGGGGAGGCCAACCCCAUCACCAGCAUACAUGACCAGGGCGCCGGGGGCAACGGGAAUGUCCUGAAGGAGAUUGUGGAGCCGGCAGGGGCGGUAAUUUUCACCGAGGAGUUUCAGCUGGGUGAUCCGUCCAUCUCUGCGCUGGAGCUGUGGGGCGCUGAGUACCAGGAGAGUAACGCCAUCUUGUGCCGACCCGAGUCGCGGCCGCUGCUCAGCGCCAUCUGCCGCCGAGAAAAGUGUCCAGUCAGCUUCGUCGGAAAAGUCACAGGCGACGGAAGGGUGACGCUGAGGGAAGGACCGUUCGACGCGCCAGCCCCCGCCGAAUCAGGUAGUGACAAAGGCGACCCCGUCGAUCUCGACUUGGAGCUGAUUCUCGGCAAAAUGCCGCAAAAGGUAUUCCAGUGCGAAUCUCCACCGAACCUGGGUUCUCACCUGAGACUACCUAACGGUCUCCGGCUGCAGGAGGCUCUCAGUCGAGUGUUGCGCCUGCCAUCGGUCGCCAGCAAACGCUUCCUCACAAACAAGGUUGACAGAUCUGUGACGGGUCUGGUGGCGCAGCAGCAGUGUGUCGGACCUUUUCACACACCUCUGGCCGACGUGGCUGUUGUCGCCCUCUCCCAUUAUGACACGGUAGGCGCGGCCACUUCGAUCGGUGAACAGCCAAUCAAAGCUCUGCUGAAUCCCGAGGCCGGCGCUCGGCUCAGCGUGGCAGAGGCCAUCACCAACCUGGUGUUCGCACCAGUCACCAGUCUGAAGGAGGUGAAAUGCAGCGCCAACUGGAUGUGGCCCGCUAAGCUGCCCGGCGAGGCAGCAGCUAUCUACAGCGCAUGCGCGGCAAUGUGUGACGUCAUGGGUCAGCUGGGGGUGGCGGUGGACGGCGGAAAGGACUCCCUCAGCAUGGCCGCCAGGGUCUCUGGCAGCACGGUCAAGGCACCCGGCAGUCUGGUGGUCUCAGCCUACGUCGGCUGUCCGGACGUUCGUCGCGUGGUCACCCCGGACCUGAAGGUCGGCCGCGGGCGGCUGCUGUAUGUCGGUCUGGGCGGCGCCGGCGGUCGACUCGGCGGCUCCGCCCUGGCCCAGUGCUACGGACAGCUGGGGGACGCAGUACCUGACCUGCACCAGCCCGAGCUGCUGGUGGCAGCCUUCGGGGUCACACAGGACCUCAUCAACGAGGGCGUCAUCAUGUCGGGGCACGACGUCAGUGACGGCGGUCUCAUCGUCUGUCUCCUGGAGAUGGCUAUCGCCGGCGGCCGCGGCCUGGACCUGGCCUGGUCCUCCACUGACGUCAUUACCUCCGGUGACGUCACGGAUCCUCUGGCGGUGCUGCUGGCUGAGGAGCCCGGCUGGGUUCUGCAGCUGGAGGAGAGGGACGCCGCCCGGGCGGCGGAGCUGUUUGCGGCCGCCGGGGUGCCCUGCUGUAGUUUAGGACGGGUGACCGAGGAGAGGACGGUGACGGUGCGACUGGACGGAGAGCUGGUGCUGGAGACGGAGCUGGAACGAGUCGCCAGGGACUGGGAGGAGACCAGCUACCGGCUGGAGCUGCUCCAGGUGACUCCGUCCUGCGCCGAGGCUGAGUGGGAGGAGGUGGGCCGUCGCCAGCUGCCCAGCUACUGGAUCCCGGAGCAGCUGCAGCUGCCCAGCGGGCCGCCGGCGCCAGCUCCGCCAGGUGGUCCCCUGGUGGCCGUUAUCAGAGAGGAAGGUACCAACGGCGACCGGGAGAUGGCAGCAGCGCUGGACAUGGCUGGAUUCGAGGUGUGGGAUGUCACCAUGACUGACCUGAUGUCGGGCGGCGUCACCCUGGACCGGUUCCUUGGACUGGUGUUCCCAGGCGGGUUCAGCUACGCAGACGUGCUGGGCUCGGCGGUCGGCUGGGCGGCCUCCAUUCAGUUCGAGCCCCGGCUCAGUGAGCAGUUCGAGGCGUUCCGCCGCCGAACAGACACCUUCUCCCUGGGUGUGUGUAACGGCUGUCAGCUGAUGGCGCUGCUCGGAUGGGUCGGGGGCGUCACGCAGGGAGCCCCGGUCGCCGGCGUUAACGAGUCCAAGUGGAAGGCCCACCUCACAGAGAACGAGUCGGCCCGGUUCGAGUCCCGGUUCAGCUCGGUUCGCGUACCGCCCGACUGCCGCAGCCCGCUGCUGCUGGGUCUGCGCUCGGCGCGUCUGGGGGUGUGGUCCGCACACGGCCAGGGACGAUUCGAGCUGUCCGGCGGGCCGGCUCACCUGGAGAGACUGAGAGGGGACGGUCUGGUGGCGAUGGAGUAUGUCGAUGAUGCUGGCGAGGUUACCGAGCGGUACCCGCACAACCCUAACGGCUCCCCGGGAGGCGUGGCCGGUCUGUGCUCCCCCGACGGUCGCCACCUGGCAGUGAUGCCGCACCCGGAGCGCUCCGCUCUCCGCUGGCAGUGGCCGGUCGAGCCGCCGACCUGUGCCGGGGACUCGUCAUUCGCUCCGUGGUUCCACAUGUUCACCAGCGCGUACCAGUGGUGUACCGAGCCGUCAGACAACUGAAGCAGCAGGUCAGCACUCAGAGACAGGGUGGUGAGCGGGUUACGGGGGCAUGGGACCAGCGGUGACGUGAUUUUGGGUCAGUCUGGGUGGUUAGUAUUGUGAGUGGAUGCGGUGGAAGUCAGGAGUAAAUGUUACUAUUGAUACGUUGCGAGCAAUAUGGAAGUAACAGUUAAUGUUUCUGGCGUUGAUCGCCUGCUAGAGAUGUUGGUUUUGUUAUUCUGUCAUGUGAAAAGUGGGCGGAAAAUACGUUGUGAAAGGUUGUUUUGAAUUUGCAGGCGUGUGCCUCAUUUCUGAUCAAUAUAGUUACACAUUUCA